AUGUCUACCGAACCCGUUAAUUUCACACAAAGCGACAGUGUACCACCAAAUGCACCAGCCGACGCCCAAAUAGACCAAAGCAUUGCCGUCAAAUAUUGGAGCGACAAACCCGCCACAGUGAACGGCAUGCUCGGCGGAUACGCUCAGGUCUCGCGCACUGAUCUUCAGGGAUCCAAGAAGUUUCUAUCAAAGGCUCGCCGGCUGGUGCCUGGAUGUCCGGCCACCGGGAGACUCAAGCGCGGAGUCGACUGCGGGGCUGGCAUUGGACGUGUUAUCAAUGACUUUCUCGGCCAGGUCUGCGAAGUGGUAGACGCUGUAGAGCCGGUGGAGAAGUUCUCCCGGGUCCUAAGUGAACGGCAGCUCACGAGGAAUUGUGUCCUCGGGAAGGUGCUCACUAUGGGUAUCGAGGAUUGGGUCCCCGGGGUCAAGGAGUAUGAUCUCAUCUGGGCGCAAUGGAGUGUUGUGUAUCUGACGGAUGCGCAAUUGGUCGAGUAUCUGGUACGGUGUCGGGGUGCACUAACGGACACGGGGGUUAUGGUGAUUAAAGAGAAUGUCUCAGAAGAGCCCGAGGGGGAUAUCUACGAUGAUUCGGAGAGUAGUGUGACACGGACAGACGAAAAAUUACGAAAGCUAUUCAAGCAGGCCGGAAUGCACUUGAUUCUGUCAGAGGAGCAAACAGGGUUUCCGAAACAGUUGCGGCUCUUACCUGUCUGGUCUUAUGCUUUGCGUCCAAAUUGA